CGUGCUACCGUACGGUUGGAUGCCAGAUAACGGUAUUGAGUUCUUUGCACUCUUCAUCGCAGAGCUCGAAAGGAGGUGGUCAGCCUUAUGUGAUGAUACAAAGAGCUAUCUACAUACAUGUCGAAUUGAUCAAUUGGAAAAGAAAGGAAAAUCGCCUGAGCUCAUAGAUCGCUUAGCUGGAUUAGCCAGAAACCUGGCCGAAAUUCGUAACUACGUCCAAGACCAGUUUCAUGAGGCCAGACCAUUCUUUGACAACUAUCGUCGUCGUUACAACGAAUCUGUGAGGGCUUCGGAAGAGGGUCGGGCUACCGUGAACAGGUGUUUCGAAAACACUACUAAAAAACUUGACGCGCUGGACCAAACAGUCAGAGAUUUACUACAAUUUGAGUUUGCUUGGGUCUCAAUCAACGAGUCAUUCAAGUCGACUUCCACCGCGACUAGUACUAAGCGCCUUAGCUGGGUAACCUUUAUCUUCCUCCCCGCUAUGUUUGCCUCGAGCCUAUUCGGUAUGAACGUCAACAUGUUAAAAGAUAACCCAGACUGGAGAUGGUACAUUCCCGUCGUAGCGACUUCCCUGCUCCUGACAAUAACUGCAUGGCUGAUCUUCAAGUAUAUCCCUAUUGAAACAUGGAUGGAGGAAUGGGUCGAUUCCUUCCAUCAAAAACUGAAGGUUCAAUAUGCGGUGCAAUCCCCUAUGAUUCAUGAUAAGACGAAAACAAAUGUGGGGAAGACCCAAACUGACGAUGUAAACUUGUUGCAUGAUACGUCGCCAGUAUAAUGAUCAAGAGACAACUCACAAGAUCGACUCGAGACGUUACUUGGUGGUGUGAAAAGUAGUGGAGCAUAUGCC